CCAAGUUUCCGAGCUGAGGGUUCAUGGACGCCUCGUCGGCGCGGGCCAGCUGUAGCGCCGACGAGGCAACACUCUUGCCCCUUUCCUUCUCCUCUCUUCCUCCCUCCCACUACCUUCAAACCUUUCCCCGUUUACUUACCACCUCCUCCCUUGUUAACAAAAACCACCACCACAACAACAACAACAACAACAACAACGACCACCAACAUUGCAACUACAAUCGCAACAGCGAUAACAACAACAACAACAACAACAACAACAACAGUACUAAUAGCAACAACAGCGUCAAUCACCGGCUCUUCCGUUGUAACGGUAGCGUGAGCAGUGCACAGAUUACAGGUGACAGCGCUACCAGGGAACCGGAGCUCGCCGUCGCCACGAGCUGUCAAUCACUCGGUAAUCUCGGUCGUUCAACGACCAACGAUGACGGCUCCACCAAGAGCUCGGAUAAGGAGAACGGCGGUAGUUCUAGCAGCCGCUCGACCUCCUCGCCACAGCUGAUGAGCCGCUCGAAGGUUUACCGGAGAGCCUCGCUCAAGUCUCUCACGAGUCUCAGCAGCACCACCUCGCAGCCAGCGCAGUCUAGGAUCGUCAGGUUGGGCCGUGUCAAGAUCGCGGACAAGCGGGGGACACCGCUCGACCAUGUAGCCAAGACAAGUAACACCGGCAGCAACAACAGCGCUUUCGGGGAUAAAAAGGUUCCGUGUCAAGCAUUCUCCCAGCCGGUGCAUCGGUCGCCCGAUGAUGACUCUAGCCUUUGUUCCAAGAGCAAGAAGGAAAACUCGAAUGGAGUAUUGCAGCAGGUCGAACAGCAGCAGCUGCAGGAAGAGGAGAAGCAGCAACAACAACAGACCAAGGGUAAGAGCUGCAGCAGCUUCUUGCCGAUUCUGUCGUUGAUACCGAACAUGGUGAUAAGCUUCCAGUACCCAAGCCCCAAGAUGAAGUUCUCCUGGUGGAGGAACAAGAUAUCGUGAAGGCACGCCUAGAGGAGCCAAAGCUGAAGACUACCUCGUUGGGGUGGCUUCUUCCCUCUAAUGAGGUACGGCUGUGACGGCUGUAUUUUUGAUGUUGCAUUUUAUUCACGGAUGACGGAUGAUGAAUUUUGUUUUUCUCACUUUUCAUUUAUUCGAGUCCAUUACUUAUGUCGAGCGAGAAACAAACGAGAACUAGAGAUAUGCACUGCUGUCUUGUGUUAACGUGCUGUCUCUCAGUUUUCAUUAAAUUCAGUACCCGAACGUUGAAAAAUACAAAUCCCAUUAUAAAUGCAUGAGCCUAUAAUGGUGUUAAUAAUGCAUGUAAAAAAAAAAAAAAAAGAUUGUUUAGCAAAGAAAAGUAAUGAAUAAAAUCAACAAUACGUAAUGUUAUUGUAGCUCCGUUAAUCGUUGCUAUAAAAUAACCAAAAUCCCAGCUUAUACGUCGUCUAAUCUGUGUAGAGAGAAAUUAUUAAA